AGACCCCUUGGGGAGGAGGAGGAGGAGGAAGAGGAGGAGGAGGGGGGGGGAUAUGUGAGGCGUUAACGCUCAGUCACAGUAACCGGAUUUGUUUUAACGACUUCUAUGACGCGCCCGGACGCACGGAUGGAGGAUUCUGGACGCUCUUUAAAAUCACGGAUAUCUGCGAGACUGCAUCGGCCGGUGUGUGAUGCGAACUGAGCCGUGGGUGGUGUAGACCCCCCCCCCCCCUCCUCCCCGCACACCACCCACCCCCCCCCCCCCCCCACCCCACACGCACCGCCUUUGCCUUGCGAACACCCUCUCCAACCGGGACGCACAGCCUCGUCUCACUCUACCGGGGGAACAUGUCCCGGGCAGCGGCGAUCGCCAGCUCCCUGAUCCGCCAGAAGCGGCAGGCGAGGGAGCGGGAGAAGGCGAACGCGUGCCGAGGCAGCGGCAGCCCGAGCAACAGCAAAGGCGCAAACGAGAAGCCGAGCAAGCUGAACGUGUUCUCGCGCGUCAAAUUGUUUGGAUCGAGGAAGAAACGGAAGAGAAGGCGACCACCAGAGCCCCAGUUAAAGGGCAUUGUGACCAGGCUUUCCAGUCGCCAGGGCUUCCAGCUGCAGAUGCAGCCUGAUGGCACAAUUGAUGGCACCAAGGAUGAGGACAGCACCUAUGCUGUGUUCAACCUGAUCCCAGUGGGGCUUCGUGUGGUGGCCAUCCAGGGUGUCCAGACCAAACUCUACCUGGCAAUGAACAACGAAGGCUUUCUCUACACCUCUGAACACUUUACCCCGGAGUGUAAGUUCAAGGAGUCGGUGUUUGAGAACUACUACGUCACCUACUCCUCCAUGCUGUAUCGGCAGCAGGCCUCGGGCCGGGCCUGGUACCUGGGACUCAACAAGGAGGGAGGAAUCAUGAAGGGGAACCACGUCAAGAAGAACAAGGCCGCAGCACACUUCAUACCGAAACCGCUCAAAGUGGCCAUGUACAGAGAGCCCUCCCUCCACGAUCUGACAGAACUCUCACGAUCAGGCAGCGGCACGCCGACCAAAAGUCGCAGCGCUUCAGCCCUACUCAACGGCGGAGGAAAGUCGCCCAGCAACAAUGACUUAUCCUAGCCCCCCGACCCCUCACACACACACACACACACACAAACACACACACACACACACACACACACACACACACACACACAGAUCUCAGGCCGACAUGCCCACACUUCAGGCUGGUGAGGGGUUAAGGGUGAGGAGAGGAUAAAAAAGAACAGGAAGGAUUACGGGAAUGUGUUCUUCCACUUAACGGAGCCCACUGUGACUGACUGUGAUGUAAAUAAAUCAAGGACAAUCAAUCCGUCUGGCUCUGCCGCUCUCGUCUGCAGAGGGACAGGACCUGUGAAUCGCUUCCCUUUCGACUACUCUUCCUGCUGUGUCGUAACCAGAUAGAGAAAACAAAAAGGGGAGGGAGGGAGAGAAAGAAACGAGGGACAGAGAAAGUCAGUCAGUCAGUCACACAGUCAGAUAAAACAGACUGUUACAGAGAACCAAAGAGUCCAAGUAUUAACUAACUAGGUUACUGCAACGACAAGGCAAGUGGCCAGAAAGUUACAAAGGAAGGAAGUAGGUCUUUAUCUAUUCUACCGUACGCUAUGUUUACACAGAGCUCAUGGGGUUAAGUCAUAUUUUUAAAAAUGACGAACGUAUUCCUUGUACACUUCCAAGGACUGAUCCUUUGUUUGCAUGCAGGUGCGCCUGUGUGUGAGUGUGUGUUUGUGUGCGAGAGGUUGAGUACAUGCUGUGCUUGCGGUCGGUGCGUUUGUGUGCGUGGGCAAGCGAGAGCAAGUGUGUGCGCACGCAUGUGUCUGGGGAGGGGGGGAUUUUACCUUUUUAAGAUCUGUUGUAUAUCAGACAAACCUCCUGAGGGCUUUAGCAGGUUAAUAUAAGGUUUACUGUAUAUGCUUCCAUGCUUACUUCUUACAAGCAAUGCUGUUGUUUAUCUUUCCGUUUGUUGUUGUUGUCCCUUGCCGUUUGUUUGUUUGUUGUUGCAUGGAAGCUUGUGGACUUCUGCUCAGUAGCAGCAUGCCGAAGGUCCGUUUUUUUCCCCCUCCCCCUUUGGUCUUACGUGUUCCUGACCAAAAGAGAACACUAGUGAGCCAAUAGUGUCGUACCAGAACACUAGUGAACCAAUGUGAGGGUGUUAGAACACUACUGGACCAAUAGUAUUGCACCAGAAUAUGAGUGGACCAAUGGUGUUGGACCAGAACUUUGGUGAAUCAAUGGGAGCACAGAUUAACUUAAUAUUUUGGUUCCUGCUGUGGACAAACUAGAAAUGCACUAAAUAAACUCUUUCUAAAGAAGUGA